CCGAAGCUCCAGGCUGGCUUGGGGGAAGGCCGUGCCAAAUUAGUCCCGCAGCCCACCGCUGGGUGAAGAGAGCCCCAAGCCUGGUUGCGGGCACCCCUCACUGCCCCAGUCCCUGGGGGAGGGAGCCUGCUCCUGUCUUUCUAAAGAGCCAGCACCAUGGAUUCCUUCAAGGUAGUGCUGGAGGGGCCAGCACCUUGGGGCUUCCGGCUGCAAGGGGGCAAGGACUUCAAUGUGCCCCUCUCCAUCUCCCGGCUCACUCCGGGAGGCAAGGCUGCGCAGGCCGGCGUGGCUGUGGGCGACUGGGUGCUAAGCAUCGAUGGUGAGAACGCGGGGAGCCUCACGCACAUCGAAGCCCAGAACAAGAUCCGUGCCUGCGGGGAGCGCCUCAGCCUGGGUCUCAGCAGGGCCCAGCCGGCUCAGAGCAAAGCGCAGAAGGCCCUGGCCCCUGCCGCGGACCCCCCGCGGUACACCUUUGCACCCAGCGCCUCCCUCAACAAGACGGCCCGGCCCUUCGGGGCGCCCCUGCCUGCUGACAGCGCCCCGCAGCAGAAUGGGUGCAGACCCCUGACAAGUCAACAGCCUCUCCGGCCACUGGCCCCAGAUGCCAGCAAGCAGCGGCUGAUGGAGAACACGGAGGACUGGCGUCCGCGGCCCGGUACAGGCCAGUCCCGCUCCUUCCGCAUCCUUGCCCACCUCACGGGCACGGAGUUCAUGCAAGACCCGGAUGAGGAACACCUGAAGAAAUCAAGAUCUUGCAGCCAGGUGCCCAGGACGGAAGCCCCAGCCCCAGCCUCAGCUACACCCCAGGAACCCUGGCCUGGCCCUACCACCCCUAGCCCCACCAGCCGCCCACCCUGGGCUGUGGACCCUGCAUUCGCUGAGCGCUACGCCCCAGACAAAACAAGCACAGUGCUGACCCGGCACAGCCAGCCGGCCACACCCACACCUCUGCAGAAUCGUACCUCCAUCGUGCAGGCGGCUGCUGGAGGGGGCACAGGAGGGGGCGGCAGCAGCAACGGCAAGACUCCCGUGUGCCACCAGUGUCACAAGGUCAUCCGGGGGCGCUACCUGGUGGCGCUGGGCCACGCAUACCACCCGGAGGAGUUCGUGUGCAGCCAGUGCGGAAAGGUUGUGGAAGAGGGCGGCUUCUUCGAGGAGAAGGGCGCCAUCUUCUGCCCGCCCUGCUAUGAUGUGCGGUAUGCACCCAGCUGUGCCAAGUGCAAGAAGAAGAUCACUGGCGUCGGAGACCCCUGUGGACGUCCAGUGGAGACCUCAGGGUUGGAGGCAGAAGUGUGGGAGUUGUGCGUUAUUAACCAUGAGAAGGAAGAAGGCCCAAGGCCAGCCUUCCUGUGUCCAGAGUUCCAGGGGAGGGGGCUGAGCCGCCGAGUGACUGCCUCCUCCUCCCAGGAGAUCAUGCAUGCCCUGAAGGUGACCUGGCACGUACACUGCUUCACCUGCGCCGCCUGCAAGACGCCCAUUCGGAACAGGGCCUUCUACAUGGAGGAAGGGGCGCCCUACUGCGAGCGAGACUAUGAAAAGAUGUUUGGCACGAAAUGCCGCGGUUGUGACUUCAAGAUCGAUGCUGGGGACCGCUUCCUGGAGGCGCUGGGCUUCAGCUGGCAUGACACAUGCUUUGUUUGCUCGAUAUGUCAGAUCAACCUGGAAGGAAAGACCUUCUACUCCAAGAAGGACAAGCCCCUGUGCAAGAGCCAUGCCUUCUCCCACGUGUGAGCCCUGCUGCCCACCGCUGCCAUGGCUCCCCUGGCCCAAGGGGUCUGGAGUCAUUGCCCAGCAUUUCUGGGUAUAGCUGACAAUGGUCGCUCCAACCCCGACUCCUGGCCCGAGCCUGGGGUUCCCUAGGCCCUGCCCGACUCUCCUCACCUCCCCCCAUGUCCCCCACUACCAUUGCACGCUGGUGCUGGCCACACCGCCCCUGUUCACCUGCAGUGCCACAAUAAACCUGUAUCCAGCUGUG